GUCGUGCUCCCUUGAGUAGGGGGUUAAAGUCGUUCUUGAGAGGAACGUCUCUGCCCGAAGAGAAAAUGAGUUUAGCUCUGAGAAGUGAACUUGUAGACAAAACAAAGAGGAAAAAAAGAAGAGAACUCUCUGAAGAACAGAAACAAGAAAUUAAAGAUGCUUUUGAACUAUUUGACACGGACAAAGAUGAAGCAAUAGAUUAUCAUGAAUUAAAGGUGGCAAUGAGAGCCUUGGGGUUUGAUGUAAAAAAAGCUGAUGUACUGAAGAUUCUUAAAGAUUAUGACAGAGAAGCCACAGGGAAAAUCACCUUUGAAGAUUUUAACGAAGUUGUGACAGACUGGAUAUUGGAAAGAGAUCCACAUGAAGAAAUACUGAAGGCAUUUAAACUAUUUGAUGAUGAUGAUUCAGGUAAAAUAAGCUUGAGGAAUUUGCGACGUGUUGCCAGAGAAUUGGGUGAAAACAUGAGUGAUGAAGAACUUCGUGCUAUGAUAGAAGAAUUUGAUAAAGAUGGUGAUGGAGAAAGUUUUCAACAUUGUCUGAAUCUCAGUUUUCCCAUUUAUACUAGUAGACAUGAGAAUGGUAAUACCUUAUGGCAUUGAUGUGAAUAUUAAAUGAAGAUAGUUGAUGGUGCCUAUCAUUAAGUUAAAUCAAGAGGAGUUCAUUGCUAUUAUGACUGGUGACAUUUAAAGAAUUACAAGGAAAAACAAUAAGAAUGUUGCAGUAAUCAUCUUAUAUUCUAUUUUUGUGCUUGGAGGCAUGUAAAAACACACACCCCAACUUAGUUUUUGUUUUUUUCCAAAAGGGACCAAAAAUAACAUCUUAUGUAUUCAUAUUUUACUACUGUUAAGUUUCUUUGUACGAAAAAAUAUUGUUAGCACUCUAAUAGUUCAUAGCUUUGUAAUUAUAAUACAGCUUUUUAUAUAUAUAAAGUUUAAAAAAUUGA